CACAUGCUGUCAACGCAGCUGCAAAUGCGCAGCGACACCGGAGCGCACAGAGCGCGCACCAAGAGGAACAUCCACAUCAGCGAGCGCACAUGUGCAUUCUGCCCUCUUAUUAUUUUGUGAAGAGCCGAGGAGGAUUUUUACCAUCUUGACACGUCCACCGGAGCGUGUCGCGUUUCUUCCUCAUGACUGAUACUUGAGGACAUUGGAGGGGGAAGAAAACGCACGCAGAGACAUGGAAUCGGUCACGAUACAAAGCAUGAUCCUGAAUUCUACGGAUCUCAGUAGGAUUCUCUGCAAUUUGGGGAUCAGGAACAUGUCCGAGUGCGACAGUGAGGACGACCAGACGCCGGAGCCGAAAGAUAUCAAUGAAACGGUGCGGAUCAUCCUCUACAGCCUCAUCUUCUUGCUCAGUGUGGUGGGAAACAGCCUGAUCAUCGCUGUGCUGGUCAGGAAUCGACGCAUGAGGACGGUCACUAACCUGUUCCUGCUCUCACUGGCCAUCAGUGACCUGACAGUGUCGCUGGUCUGCAUCCCUUUCACCCUCAUCCCAAACCUUAUGAGGGACUUCAUCUUUGGAACUGGCAUAUGCAAGUUGGUCAUGUACUUUAUGGGCGUCUCAGUCAGCGUUUCCACCUUCAACCUGAUGGCCAUUUCCAUUGAACGCUACAGUGCCAUAUGUAACCCACUGACCUCUAGGACAUGGCAGACGAAAUCUCACGCUGCCAAAGUCAUCACUGCCACCUGGGUGGCGUCCUUCAUCCUGAUGCUGCCGUAUCCCAUCUCCAGCAACCUCAAGUCCUUCACCCGCCUGGACAACAGCACCGGGCACAUGUGUCGCCUGGUUUGGCCCAACGACAUCAUCCAGCAGUCCUGGUAUGUGUCUUUGCUCCUGCUGCUCUUCUUGAUACCUGGGAUUGUGAUGAUGACGGCGUAUGGACUCAUCUCCCUCGAGCUGUACAGAGGCAUCAGGUUUGAGCUGUCCAGCAGGAAGUCUAGCCGAGAGAGACAGACCAGCUCUGGCAGCAUUAAGACCGGCGACAGUGACGGCUGCUACCUGGCGCCCUCUAAGAAGAAGAGCAUCACGCAGGCGACGGCAGCAGGGGCCACCAGCAGCAAGCCCAUGGUGGGACUGGUGUGCAGCAACUCCACUGCCAACCUGAUGGCCAAGAAGCGAGUGAUCCGCAUGCUCCUGGUCAUCGUCUUUCUCUUCUUCCUCUGCUGGACUCCGGUGUUUGUGGUCAACGCGUGGCAGGCCUUUGACCGGCGCUCAGCCUACCGCCUGACUGGCGCUCCCAUUUCCUUCAUUCACCUCCUGUCCUACACCUCCGCCUGCGUCAACCCUAUCAUCUACUGCUUCAUGAACAAGCGCUUCCGCCAGGGCAUGCUGGCCACGUUCACAUGCUGCCGCUGCUUCGGCAAGGCGGGCAGCCGGUUGGGCCGGUCAGCUGUGAUCAAGCAGACAAGGGCCGGGGAAGCUUGCGCGAGACCGAAGCCAAAGACCAUAGAACAGAACGGUCUCACCCCGCCUACUGGACCCAAGACGGCCUUCACCUAUGUUGGUGUCCGAGCCUUAGCUGGAUGUGAAGCUACAUAAUCUGGACUCAGUGUGUGUGUGGCAGCAAGAAUAGGGAGGGUUUUAGACCUCACACUAGCUUGAACGCACUUUUACAGCAGCAGAUCAAACUAGUCCUCUGAGCAAGUAUUUGCUGAUCUUCAGUCAACACUACUGCCAGAAGAACACUUUCAUGUGCUUUAAAUGUUUUGUACCAACUUGUUGUUGUGAGAUCGCAAUUACCUGAGGCCAAUGCAAAGUCUGUAACUGCCAUUCCUUGGAAGCCACGUCCGCAGUCCUUAAGCCCACACCUGGAGUAUUGUUCGCUCGGAGCCUAACUAUUGCCCAUGUGCUCCAUCUGGACUGCGUAUUCUCACGGCAGCUUCAUCCGCCUCACUUGGUUUUACAUUGUUCAGUGCAACUCCCGGCCUCAUGAAGGAUUACUUUCUCCAAGUGGUAUGGCUUGGUUUGGUGCAUAGUGCCGCUGUGACAAAUAAAUGACGUGACAAUGUGUUUUGACCGCCAGCAGCGCUCUCCUUUGGUCAGUGGAGCAAUAGCUCGCCUGUUUCUGGAGUUGGUGCCAGUGGGCCUCACACUCAAAGAGACAGGUGGGACAGACUUUGUACCAUUGAUGUAUAUUGUACUCAUCACGCUGUGAUUUCAAGAUAUGUUGCCUCAUGAGGUUGUAUGACUGAUAUGUUGCCCUGACAUCUACAACAAUCCUUGGGGUUAAACGGGUCCGACUCCACUGUGGGGACCAGUCUAAAGUGCUGAGCAAUGGAAGCAGAUGUGGCUUAUUUUGACCGGAGUGCCGUUAAAAGCCAAGUCGAAGGGUAGACAGCACUACGAUAAAAACCGGACACACAACCCGAAAGAGCAUUGUGUCUACAUUAGAAGUGGAAAAGAUAUACUUAAUAAAGUAAAUAUAAAAUGCUAUGAAAUGCUUCACAGAUUCAGUGCAAACUUUCACUUUAAAUCACAAAGGUUAAUCUGGAGGCCUCAUUCAACAUGAAGUUUUGAUGCGACUUGGAACACAUUUUUGCUCCGAAAAAGAGGACAUCUGGUCUCCCUAUGUUCAGCACUUGUUCUAUUAGCCAAGGUUAACCGCGCACAUCAUAACGGAAGAGAUUAGUGUUAAUAUCUGAGGAAAUGUGGAGGAAUGCUUCGCCCAGCCGCUGCAGUAUUUGAUCUUCCUGUUGAGAGACUGCAGCACUGUCUACUGUCCAGCUACUCAUCUGUCUGGUUUUUGACACUCAGUUAUGAAGUCUUUCUCACUAACUUACCGGUAAAUUUACUUUUAACACCUACUCUUCAGUCAAAAUGCAAAUCAAUAUUUGGCAUCAUCAUGUAAAUGACGUGAUGAAACAUUUGAUUAAUAUAUCAUCAAAGGAUGUUUGUUGACUUCAGCUGACAUUUGAAUUUAUGCCCUUCAAUGAUGUGAAUUUACUCAGAGCAAUAUCCAUUUACCCGAUUCAUGUAUCAGGUUGGAGACCAGAGGCUUGAGCAAUCAUACUUGUACACCUAGAAUGGCCACCGAUACCACAAAGCCAGUGCACGUUUUUGAAUGUCAGUUAGUGGCAAUUUUGUAGAAUUUGUGUUUGUACUGCAGUGAAACUUAUCAACGUCACACAUGUACUAGAAAAAUAUACUGAGGAAUGUUGUUCAGAUAACAAUAUAUGUGGAAAAAAAAGAUCUCACAGUAACUUUAUGUGUAAUCUUGCAAGUAGUUGGUAUUGGUGAGUACACUACGCAUUUUGGAAAAACUGGUAUCAGUGCGUCCCUAGAAAAUAACAAACUGAUAUUUGUAAUCUACUUUUUUUAGCAUGACACCUGAGCAGAUUGUGAAAUGGAGUGUUAAUUCUAAUGUAGACACACCUGGACUGAUCUUUUUUUUUACAGAAGUUUGGUAGUUGUUUGGUAACAUUAUUCCUGAGAGAUUCUUAUAUGAAGUCAGUGAUGUUUUUUUUUUAUGUAAAUAUUGUUAAUUUGGUUGACAGUUUAACUAUUUUGAAGGACAGGUGUGGCACAAGUGCAAGACAAGUCAGGGGGUCUGGCCUUGAUACGACGGCAAGAACAAAAGUACACCUGAAAAUUGCUUCAUCAAAGCAGAAUUAUAAUGUAUUAAAUGUGACUUGUAACUUGGGCCAGCUCUGCAGCUUAUAGAUGAUGACGCCACACAGGAGACAGGACGGCCAUUUGCUCGGAGGCGAUCCCUCUGGCUCUCUGGACGGUCUUUAUUUUGGUGGUGACAGAAAUAUGAAGAAAAAAAGUGAUUUAGGAUGCUUUUAAUCCAACAUGAGGGGCUCAUCGCCCCCUAGUUUGGACAGUAGGAGGGCACACCUGCAGGACCCCACGUUGGUGGAUAUUGUUGUUCAGCAGAAAUGAUGUCUUGACAGUUGUGAUGUUAACAAGUGUCACCCCUGAAGACUUCUGCUUGACCGACCAAAAGAUACAUCCCUGAAAACGUCGCACUCGGACGCACAAGUGUCAUCUAGAGAUCAAACAGAGAGCGACCUUGACCCGAAGAGUGGCGAGCGUUUGAGCGCCUCAUCUUAUCAGUUCUGUGGGAACUGCACCGUCUGCAUCUGAAAACAGUCCGUUCCUGGUAUUCUGAGCUCGGACAGGAGUGUGUGUCAUCCUUCAUAAUCUUAUCGUAUAACCUCAGUGUUACUGUGUAAAUAUGUGACCGGACUCUUCUUGUUUGCUGUAUUGCUGAAUCAUCGUGUGCCAAUGUGUCUCCAGGCCAAAGUGAUGCUCAUGUCACAUCACUGAAUGUAUCAACAAAUGCUUGACUGCAGAUGAACUCGUUCAUUUGUUACUUUUGUACAUAUAUUAAA